AUGCAUCCCAACGAUGGCCAAGGCAAUGCGGCCGCAGAUCUGGAAAUGAACCGCAUUCAAAGUACUGUGUUAGCCAAUGACAUUGUCUCUUCGUUCGCAUGGCACAACCUCAGCGUCGUUGUCAAGGACCACCAAACAGGCCGUCAGCUGUCCAUCUUAGAUAAGGUGUGCGGAAUAGUUAGAGCGGGAGAGGUGCUUGCCAUCAUGGGGCCCAGCGGCUCCGGAAAGACGACUCUACUUAAUGCUCUAGCGCAUCGGGUGGCUGCUGCCGGAGCUACAACUUGUGGGGAUAUCUUGUUGAAUGGUUCCAAGGCAUCCUUGCAAACGAUUCGAGACUUGUCUAGUUACGUGGAGCAAGAAGACGCUCUGAUUGGUAGCUUGACGGUUCGGGAAACAAUGAUAUUCGCGGCUCGCCUCUCACUUCCAGCAACCGUGACUAAACGAGAAGCAUUUCAGCGUGUUGACGAUCUGAUCGCUAGCUUCGGUUUGCAAUCCCAGGCACACACAAUUGUUGGCACGACUAUGAAGAAGGGUCUGAGUGGAGGUCAAAAGAAACGGCUGGGAGUUGCAAGUCGCUUGGUGACAAAUCCCAAGAUUCUCUUUCUCGACGAGCCGACGAGCGGGUUGGACUCCGCUCUUAGUCUUGAGGUUUGCACUUAUAUCAAGGAUAUUGGCCGCAGGCACAAUCUAGUAAUUGUGGCAUCGAUCCACCAGCCGUCGUCGGCAACAUUUAUGCAAUUCGAUUCACUCUGUCUUCUAUCUGGAGGACGUACCUGUUACUUUGGACCGAUCUCUGCCGCGACUGCAUACUUUGCCAACGUCGGGCACUCAAUCCCUGCUGAGACAAACCCGGCCGAGUUCUUCCUGGACUUGAUUAAUACAGACCUGGAUAAAGACGGAGAGAUUCGCCGUCGAACUGAUCAGAUCUGUCAAUCUUGGGUUGCAUCUGAGAGUCAGAAGCGCCUUGAACUCGUCGUACAGAAAUCUCGAGAAGCUGCUUCAAAAGAUACAUUGCAUUACUCUGUCGAACGGCCCAGUCCGUGGAAUGUUCCGAUGGUGCUGCUUCAUAGGUCAUGGAUAAAGUCAUACCGCGAUAUUAUGGCAUACGGUAUCCGUAUCGUCAUGUAUCUUGGUCUUGCUAUCCUUAUGGGCACCGUUUUUCUCCAAUUCAGCACAGAGCAAAAAUAUGUGCAGCCCUAUAUUAACGCUAUUUUUUUCGGCAGUGCUUUUAUGUCCUUUAUGGCCGUUGCCUACGUCCCAGCUUUUUUGGAAGACGUUAAUACCUUUAAGCAGGAGCGAGCUAAUGGCCUGGUUGGACCUUUGGCAUUUAUGACGUCUAACUUCAUCAUUGGCCUCCCAUUUCUCUUUAUUAUUACAACACUCUUUUCAGUCGUUGUAUAUUGGCUUAUUGGAUUCCGCUCUGAUGCAUCGACCUUUUUUAUGUGGGUUUUAUGGCUCUUUCUGGAUUUAGUGGCUGCGGAGUCUCUUGUUGUUCUUAUUUCCUCUGUUUUUAAUAUUUUUGUUGUUGCUUUAGCUAUUACAGCUUUUGCUAAUGGUCUUUGGAUGUGCGUUGAUGGGUUUUUGGUGCCGAUGAAUAUUUUAAACCCUUUUUGGAAGUAUGUUUUCCAUUAUAUUGACUACCAGGCCUAUGUCUUCCAAGGAAUGAUGGUCAAUGAGUUUCAAUAUCGCCAAUACGACUGCGCCGAGUCUUCACCCGCCUAUUUAGCUUUACUAUUACUUUCAUUUUACUUAAUAUUUUAUUAA